GUAUUUAUGUGGCGGUAAUUUAUUUUUAAUUUUGAUAACAUAUUAAAUGUACACGCGUUCGCCCAUUCUUUAACAAUGCAGGGAAAACUGUUUUUUAUUUUCACCAGACUGAUCACCAUUUCUGGCUACACGUAGCAUACCGAGGCCACUCGAAUACGACUUGUUUAUAAUAUAAACGGUGGUCAAUCGAGUAGCGUAUUGCGGAGAAAAACUUCAAUGUGAUCCAAAAUAGACGUUUUGAGAAAAAAACUUGUAAUAAUAUGAAAAUAUAGAGAUAAAUGUGCAUUAUGUCGGCAAAAUUGGUUCGUGGUACGCGGGAAAACGUAUCAACAUUGACAAUAGUUGUACGCUAUAUCCAAUAAAUUAAUACAUAACCUCACAUCAUUUUGCCGGGACUGAGACGGAAAUUCACAAUAAACGGGAAUUCAUUAUAGGCGGGUUCACUAUAAACGGGUUCUACUGUAUGUACGUUACUGAAUUUUUUUCCACUCAUCCUGGUCAACACCAUGAAGCUGUUCCGUCUUGCAGCAAAGGUAUUGCUGCACGACAUGAACAAGCGAAUCAUGUCGAUCCUGAUCAGAAGUCAUCUGUAGAUAACUUGGUAUCAACUAUCGAUACCAGCGAGACUCCAAAUCGAAAUGUUCUUCAAAGGUUCCUUUUGGGGGAACAUAUUACGAGGGCGGAAAUUUUGUGGGCUCUUCACACUAUUGUUGGUCACACAUCACUUCGUAAAGCAGCUGAAAGUGUAUCAGUCAUGAAACUCAUGUUUCCUGACUGUGCGGUCACUCAAAAAAUGGAGUUGCAGCGUUCGAAGAUUGGUUAUCUAAUUAACCAUGGCAUAGCUCCAUAUUUUGAAAAAGAAUUGAAGGAGCUGGUAAAAAAAUCAUCUGAAAUUGUUAUUGGUUUUGAUGAAAGCCUAAACAAGGUUGUUCAGCGUGAACAAAUGGAUAUACAUGUCCGCUUCUGGGAUGAAGAACUCAACAUGGUGCAGUCUAGGUAUUUCACGUCAGUUUUCCUAAGCUCUACUCGAGCCCAAGAUCUAUUGAAGGGACUCAAGAAUGUUUUAGGACAUGAAAAUUUGAGAAAAAUUAUUCAAGUGUCCAUGGAUGGGCCCUCUGUGAACUGGAAGCUAUCUAAGGAUCUAGUUACUGAAUUGCGUGAAGAAAUAGGUCGUGAAGGUUUUGACCUAAUCAACAUUGGCAGCUGUGGGCUUCAUGUUGUACAUGGUGGGUUUAAAGAAGGAAUAAAAGUGACAGGAUGGUGUGUAGUCGGGUUCUUAAGAGCGCUUUAUUAUCACUUCAAGGAUGUUCCUCUGCGGAGAGCAGAUUUCUCAUCUUGCACAGGUUGCACUGUAUUCCCCCUUAAAUUUUGCUGUGUGAGAUGGGUGGAAAAUAAGAAAGUUGCUGAAAGAGCUUAUGAACUACUGCCACAUAUGAAGACUUAUGUUGAAGCCAUCGAAAAGCAAAUAAAGGACAAAGUGAAACCUAAAGAUUCACACUUCAAACGAAGUUUUCCUGCUCUUAAAGAAUCCCAAAAUUUCAAGAUUAUUUGUAGUGCUGUAAAGGAUGAGAUGAUGGGUGCCAAACUGGCCUUUUUCACUGCUGGAGCAUCACUUGUAGAACCCUUUCUACGAGAAUUUCAGAGUGAUGACCCAAUGGCACCAUUCUUGCAUCAAGAACUUCAGGCACUCACAACCACUGUGCUUAAGAGAGUUGUUAGAAAAGAGGUUAUCGAAAGUGCUCAAUCAAUUACAAACAUUGACUUGUCGAAAAAUGAAAACCUUCUGCUGGCAAAUCAGGUGGACAUUGGUUUUGCAGCUACAGAUGCUCUGAAGAAGGUACGAGGUCAGCUUGCUGAGAAGGUUGUGCUACAAUUUAAAAAUGACUGUAGAUCAUUUUAUGUUGGCUUCCUUCAAAAGGUUCUGCAGCGUUCUCCACUUGCAUAUAGUCUUACUAGACAAAUCUCCUGUAUCAACCCUGAGUUGAUACGUAGUAAACCAAACCUUGCUGAGAAAAGAAUUAAAGCAUGCUUGGAACUUCUAGUUGAAAAGCAACAGAUCCCGGGGUCCACCGCUGACAAGAUUCUGCAAGAAUACCAAGAAUUUAUCCAGAUAGCUUCCGUGGGAGAAGCCAUGAAGUCUUAUCAUCGCCAGAAUCAGCGUCUAGAUUUGUUCUACGUGCAGGUUAUGGUGGAAUCUGGCAAAUCAUUUCCAAGUUUACUACUAUUUAUCAAGCAUUUGCUUAUUCUUUCCCAUGGAAAUGCUGCUUUGGAACGUGGUUUUUCCGUAAAUUCGGAUUGUCUGGUUGAAAAUCAAACUGAGGAUAGUCUUAUUGCACAAAGAAUUGUGUAUGAUGCUGUCAUGAAUUUUAAGGGUGUGCAACAUGUGCAAAUUACUAAAUCGCUUAUCCACUAUGCAAGGAAUUCUUGUGCGCAUUAUAAGGAGCAUCUGGAGAGUAAAAGAAAGAAGGUAGAGGCUGAAAAAAGUGAAAGGGACAAGAAAAGAGAAGCUCAAAAAAAUCUAAGGGAACUGGAGGCAAAAAAGGCGAAAAUAAUGAAUGAUGCCUUAAAAGAGGCAGCCCUCAUUGAUGAAGAAAUAAAAAAACUUUAAAUGGUUCAUGUGUGUGGAAAAGUGAGAAUUUUUGUAUCAGCGAUUUUUAUUUAAAUAAAAUAACACUUUAUAUCAAGAACACUUCAAAAUACUUCAAAAUGUUUUUGUAAUUUGUUCACUGAUUGGUGAGUAUUCUUGGUUUUAAUAAAUUCUUAAAGUGAUUAUUGUUAUAGUGUCCUUGAUGUCGGUAAACAACAUUAAUCAAAACAAUUGAAAAACUAUUUCAAAAUAUAUUUUUUUGCCACAUAUAUGUCAAUUUUUUUAAACCUGGAAAAUCUUAAGAAAACCUGGAAAAAUCUGGAAAAAGUCUGGAAUUUGGUUUUAAUAAUAGAGUGGCCACCCUGAGUAGACUAUGAAUUAAAAGAUGCUUCAGCAUCAACAAUGUUGAGCCUUAGGCCCCUAUAUACAAAAAUAAACUGGAGGAGGCACAUCCUAACACUACUGCUCUGAGAAUGUUUCUCACCCUUCCAGUUACAAUUGCAUCAGGUGAAAGACGUUUUAGUAAACUUAAACCUAUUAAAAGCUAUUUGAGAAGCACGAUGGGCCAGCAGAGAUUAACAAAUCUAAGUAUUAUAUCUAUUGAACACAAACGAGCUGCUUUGAUCAAUUUUGAUGAUAUUAUUAACACUUUUGCAGCUAAUCAUGCUCGAAAAAUUAAAUUUUGAAUUGAAUUUCUUUGUAUGGUUAUCAAUACAAUAUUAUACUUAAUUCAUAAUCACAUGUUCCUUAUGUAAUUUUAGUACUUAAUAAACUUAUUGGUAAGACAUUAAUUUUCACUGUUGUCCAAACAAUAAACAAUAGUUUGAUAACAGUCUAUUUCAUUAUAAUAAAAAAUGUAAUUGUAUUAGUUUUCCAAUUAGUGUACUUGAUAAAUAAAAGUUCUCAACUAUGUAUAAGUGAAUGGUAUCAUUUCAACCACCGCUUCUAACGAAAAAGGGUAUUUUAUAAUGUUGGUAAGGAGGGGGCGGCAAAUUAAGCUUUGCCCCCCCCCCCCCCCCCCCUAACGAAUCUCCUAGUUCUGGCCCUGAAGUUUACCCAAUAUAUUCCAGGGUAGUUUCACAAUCAUUAAGUUUCAUUUGGAACACACCUAUACAUUUAAUACAUCCCCUAAUGUUUACGAAAAUGAUCAGAUAAGCGUUUAUAUAGUCUACUCAUGGGUCUACCAUUUUGAUGAUUUGGGCUCAUGACAGAACAGAUUUUAGUAUGGUUUUGACUUUAUCGGUACAUCUGUGGACUCGGGAAAGGUUUAGCCUCACAAAGGGCCGGCAAGGUGGAAGAAUGAAAGAUAUCUCACUAAUGGUGUGGAGAAGACCACACGAGCGUGAUAACUAACAUAUUUUUGCCCCUUCAUUUUGCUCUCUUCUCUUCGAAGUCUCACACACAUACAUACAGAGCCAGGCAUGAGCUGAGAACUGUCUGUUAUGAUGCAGGUUCUUAAUAGCAUCAUUUCUUUGAUAUCAUCUAUGAUAACAAAUGUUUUGAAAUUUGAAUAAAAUUUGGCUGAAAAACAAGUCAGAACAUGUAAACCAUGAAAGAAAAGUUUAAGUUAACCCAGUUAAAAUAUACAGUAUGAAUCAAGGGACAGAGUUAUGUCUGCAAUAGAAAAAUAAGAUUGAGUAAAGCUCAAUUGAUGUAUCAAAUGAAGGAAAACAUUUAAUUUGAGAGAAAAUAGACAAACACAACUGUUGUUUUGUUGACCUGACAUCUUAUGUAUAGUAAUUGCUACAUUGAUUGUAUAAAGUGAUAAUUUUUUUUUUUCUUUCUAAAAAUAGUUGUAUCAAAAAUUAUCUGUAACAUUAUCAUAUCAUGUAUGAGAUGUACUGUACAUUACAUUUUUGGGAAAUUAACAUGUUUGUAAAUUUUUUUAAAUCAAUGUAAAUACCAAUGAAUGUACAUACACAUUUUACACCUUGACUUCAAAUGGGAUCCACAAAACACAAAUAAAUUAAUUUAAAAAAUCAAAGUAAAAUAAAUAAUAGGGUGGGAAGUACUUAAGGUGCACCAUUAAUUAAGCAUAGAAAGUCUUAAGUUGACAGGACCUCCAAUAUUAAAGUAGUCUUCGAACCACUUGGUAAACUUACAAUUAAAUAUAUAAUCAAAAAUUUACCCAAGUUUGAAACACAAUUGUUUCCCAUUGGUCAAACAAAAAAUAAAAAAAAUAAAGGCUUUUUGAACCAUAAAGCCCAAAAUAUAUGGUAGACAACAUUCAAGCUAUAUGGCGCAAAUGUCCAUGUUUAUUACGGGACAAGCUCCCUAACGUGUUGCAUGACAAUGCUCGCUGUCAUGUUGCACAAGCAGUAAAUUAUCUUUUGCGAUGGUGGUCUUGGGAGGUGUUGGAACACCCACCAUACUCACCUAACAUGAAUCCUUAUGACUAUGACCUGUUUCCUAAGUUGAGAGAACCCCUUUGAGGCAUCCAAUUUCCUGUCGUGCCAUUAGCGAUCCGAGCAGCAAGAAUCUCUGUCGCUGACAUCAACAAACAACACCUUGCUAACGGUAUCCUACAGUUUACCGACAUCUGGCAAAAGGUACAAGACUGUGCUGGUGAUUAUACUGAAGAAAUGUAAUGUUUGUUUGCUUGCACAUAGAUUAGUCUUUCUUCCAGGUAUGUUGCCAUUACUUUAUUUACAGUCCUUGUAUAUAUCAUAUUUUUAUGGACACCAUAAUUGCAGUAAUUUUGCACAAAUCAUUUCCAAACUGAUAAAUAAAAUAAAGUAAUAGAAAAUCUCGACUGAGUUCUUAGUGGGAAAAAUCUGACAAAAUGUGUAGAAAUGGAGAAGAUUUUUUUGAAAGGAAAGAAAUUGCUGUAACUCCCAUAAAAUGGCAAAAUAAAAUUUGUUUGAACAUAUUAAAACUCAUAGGAUUAGUACCAAAAACUUUUGCCUAGUUAAAUUUUUGAUGUGUUCAACCAUAACUGCAAGCGGUGUAAAAAACAUGGGAUGGAGAAAAAAAAUUAAUUAACUUCCUUAGUACAAUCUGUUAAAAUUGUUUGGAAAUCUUAUAAUUUUAUCUCAAACUUUUGCCUGAAACAAUUUUUGAUAAGACAAACAUUGUUGCAAAGGGUUUAAAAAACAGGGGUAGAAAAAAUAAAAAAAUUAUAAUUUACAUCCUAAGUACGCUAUUACCCUCUUUUAUCGCAUAAUGGUCGCACGCGCGUAAACGUCGCACCCAUAUUUUAGGACGUCUAAAUUUGGAUUAAAAAAAUCCUCUCGUGUAAACGUCGCAUAAUGUUUUUGGUCCCGCUAUUAGAUUCCGAGCGCUUUGUGUGGGUAUUUUUUCCGUAUAAAACAAUGUAUUUUAAAAUAUAAAUCUAACAUAUAUUCGGACAUUACCACUUACUCAUUUAAUUAACGGAAAUACGAAGUUGU